AUGGAACACGUCUCAAAGAAUCCCUUUGUAGCAUUGGCUAGGGAGAUCGGUCUGACGAUGAAGGUCCCAGAUCUACAGCGUAUCUUUAGUAAACAAUGGGGUGAUCACUAUACUUAUGAUGCGUGGCUAGAUGUACCAAGGGAGGUACGUGAGCAGGUCGAAGAGGAUAUUCUGUGGAAUAUGGUGUUGCCAGAGAAACCGAGUGAGAAGAUUGAAUGUAGAAGGAGGGUAAAAGGCCUCAUAAAUGAGGCAGGGAAGAAGAGUUGGACCCUGAUGAAAAGAAGGAAAAAUGAGAUAAGAAGGAAAAAUGAGACCGAAAAGGUCAACCAGGAUGAUGGUUGCAGUGGUAGGGUCUUGGUGCUUAGGGAGGAAGGAGGAAAGAAAAGGAAAAGAGAGGUCGAAGAAGGCCCUCAAAACGGCGCCAAUAGCGGGGAGAAGGGGGGGAUACCUAAGAGAAAGAGCGCCAGGGGACGACCAAGAGGAUGUCUAUGGAAGCACUUAGAAAAGGAUGAGAAGAUAGGACCCCCUCCACUGAUAGGCCCUGAUACAGAAGAAAAAGGGGGGGUGCAGACUGACCAAGAGAUCGAUGACGCUGAGGAUGUAACCCAUGAGCAAGGAGAGGCUCAUGUGUUGAAGGAACCGGGAAUCAAGAAAGAGACAGCGGAGAUAGAUAGCGUUAUACAGUCAUCGGAGACCGCAGAGGCAAUCUUGCAGGGCGGAGAGACUAACGAAGUCGAAAGCAUUGAAAGAGGACAGGAGGUCAUAGUUUUAUCGUCAGAUGAUGAACAGCCUCGAAAGGUAAAGAGAGCUGUGAAGAGGCAGGUGAUAGAUCUAGAAUCGGAGGACGAACGCAGCUUUAGUCAAGCUGAGGAGUCUAAGGCAGACUUCGACUAUUUCGGACUGUAA